AUGAAGACGAGCAAACAAGACUUGGUCCACGAGUUAUCAAACACUGCUGCUGCUAGAUCUGCCCCUUCUAAAAAAGUCACACCAUCGCCCCGGCGCCUGCACUCACUUACGAUAUACCAGAACGACAAUUCGUCAGAGAGAAGCGCGGAGACAGUCGCUCGUGCCUUCCUCUCUCACGUCCUCUGUCGCCAUGGUGCCCCUGAGCAGCUCAUGUGUGACAACGGUACUGAAUUCACUAAUCGGGUACUCAACAGCCUAUGCAAACUCCUUAACAUCGACCUUGUUCAUAUGCUCCCAUACAGACCUCAAGCAAAUGGCCUCGUCGAAAGACUCAACAGAACGAUCCUGAACGUCCUCAGAACCUCCAUCAACGCACAAUACAACGAGUGGGACCUGUGGAUUCCCGUCACUCAGGCUGCCAUCAACAGCACCUUCCACUCCUCCUACGGUGACAUCCCCAACUACGUCGUGUACGGUGACGAUCAGCGUCUCUCCUACGAACACCCUUCUCCCGUCUACGGAGACGACUACGCGAAGACCGUGAUCGCCCGGAAGCAAGAAGCCUACCGCAUCGCCCGUGAGUGUCUGCGUGUGGAGAGGGACCGCAUCAUCGCUCAGCAACACAAGCUCGGCCGACGAAAGGAGAUCGCCGGCGGCGUCCUCGUCUUCCAUCGUGUACAGAUAAGUCCUCUCCUAAGCCUAAACUUAUUCCUGACGAAGGACCCUUACGAGUUCUGA